CAUAUACUACUUUAAAAAUAUGAACUAGGCCUUUUAUUUUGAAACGUGACUCAUCGGCUAAACCGGAAGUUUUGUUGGUGGCUGAUGUUUCGGUUGUCUGUUUGAGCUCUGAGCCGAGCAGAUGACGGUCCACAACCUGUACAUAUUCGACCGCAAUGGCGCGUGCCUGCACUACAGCGAGUGGAACCGAAAGAAGCAGGCCGGCAUUUCCAAGGAGGAGGAAUUUAAGCUUAUGUAUGGGAUGCUGUUCUCCAUCCGCUCCUUUGUCAGCAAAAUGUCCCCUUUAGAUAUGAAGGAUGGCUUCUUGUCCUUCCAGACCAGUCGCUACAAGCUUCACUAUUAUGAGACGCCCACGGGGGUGAAGGUAGUGAUGAACACUGACCUGGGUGUUCCCAACUGUAGGGACAUCCUGCACCAGAUCUACAGUACGCUGUAUGUGGAGUACAUAGUGAAGAACCCCCUCUGUCCCCUGGGUGAGAGCCUGCGGAGUGAGCUCUUCAACAGCAGGCUGGAUUCCUUCAUCAAGGCGCUGCCAUUCUUCAGUGCGAGGGCGGGCUGAGGGGAGGCGGGGUGGAUUGGGGUACUGCUGGGGGAGGGAAAGGGUUAAAAUGGGAUGUAUAUUUGUGUGUGUGUGUGUGGCUGAGAGAGAGAGAGAGACACUCUUCAUCCAGAGCAGCAUCUGACGUGGGGUCAGAAAACACAGCUGACUGGUGUCCAGUAGGGUUUUGGGGACGUGGAGAUGUGGGUUUUGUGUUGUAAGAACAUGUGGACAGUAAGACAACGUGAAAAUGCACCGAGAUGCACUGUAUGUUCACCAAGCCAAGGCCCUGGGGAGGGGGGAGGGGGUGGAGAUGGUACAGAAGUAGACGUCCUCUGUUUAUUUCCGAAACAGCCGUCGCUGUGACCUGCCCCUCAAAACGACAAUAAACAUGGAGACUCUUUCUGUCUGUGAUUUUCUUUCAUCAGCCAUCAUACAUGAGACAUUUCAUACCUGGCUUUCCCAUUACCACUUCUGUGUGUUGUUAAUUGACAAUUCAACCCCAUUUUCUUUUUACAUUUCAUUGCUUGUCAGUCAGCUGAGGGAGCUUGUGUGAAAUGACCGGCUUUCAAUAAACACUGCAUCUCCUAAUUUACUUAA